AGCACUACACAGCUAAUUCAAAUAAUUUAAGCUUGAUGAUACAUUGGUUAUUUGAAUCAGCUGUGUAGUGCUAGGGCAAAAAAACAAAACUUGCACCCGGCAGGACCGAGUUUGGGAAACUCUGCAAUAGGCAAUAAAAAGUAUUGAAAGCUAUGAUGGUAUGUUUACUUAAUUUGCUGAUGGGAGCCAUUUAUGACCGAAGUGUCAUGUUUAAACUUAAGAAAGAAUAAAACACCAAGCUUUUAAUCUAAUUUACUCUAAAUGUACAAUCCAGGGGGAUGAUCGCAUGUACCUGCCCAGUCCCACGGAACCUAUGUUCUACCGUAGCCUGAUCAGUACAUCAGAGAACAUGGAGGAUGCUGAGGAGUAUCUUCACCCCUAUAAGGAUCUCUCCACCAGACAGACCACCCAGCACCACAACUCUAGGAAUGGCCAUCCAAUGAGAGAGAACAGUGUGAUCCUUCGCUACAUCACAGAUCCCACCCACGGUGGUUCUCUAGAGAAGGACAUCACAGACCCCACCCAUGGUGGUUCUCUAGAGAAAGAUUUCCCAGCUCUUCCAGAAUACCUUAACCAGAACGGGAACACCAGGCUCUCUGACGUCUUCAACCCCAGCUAUGAGGACCCCACUGAGCCAGCCUGGGCUAGUAGGCCCUCCUCUGGGUACGACCCAGACGUCAAGUUCUUCAACUUCCUGCCGUGCGUGCUGGAGAUCCCUGAGUACCACAACAUGGCCCGCAGUACCCUCCCUCGCUCCGUCUGCGAGCGCAUGGACAACCCAGACUACCAGGAGGACUUCCUGCCUCAGGCCACACCCACCAGAAGUCACUUCCUGCCUGCAGUAGAGAACCUGGAGUACCUCGGGUUGAGCGCUGCUGUACAUGCCCCUGUACGCUAGGGGUUUCCUCCCACAGAACACAGGGACAGUGAGGGACUAUGGGACCUAAAGGAACUUGGAUGGAGACAGAUGUGGGACAUCAGGGAAGGGUUUGGAGAGAUUACAGUAGUGUGGUUGUCCCUUUAUUUAUGGAGUGAAUAGGCUUUUUGCGUCGUCCUUGGAUGUAAGUCAGCCGAAACCAAGAUGGCGUCUGUCAUGAAUUGAUGCUCCUGGGAAAUGUGUAUUCUAUUUCAAAUCCAUGAAGCAUCCACAGGUGAGUUUGGGUGACUUUCCAAUCAGAAGAAUGAGCCAAAGCCUUGACAAUACAAUUAUGUCACGCAAGUAAUUUAUUUGUAAACUGUUGUUUGGUCAGUUCGGGUCGAGUGUGUGAAACAGUUGUUUUUUUAUUUGUCUUGCCAUGAAAUGUGAAUGUGGAGUGAACUGAGUACACACUGAGAUACUGACCAUUAAGGUCAGUGGUGGACCUUAUGCUUACAUUGUAUUGUGGACACAGUUUAUUAGAGCUUUUCACUGUUGUACACACUUGAAUACCAAGACUCAAACAAUUUUGGGUACCGAGAGCUACUGGUAACUAAGAGGGUCAAUUCAAAGUAUUUUCAAAAAAACGACACACAAAUGUACAGAUUGUGUUAGGCGUGCAUUGAUCUACACAAAAACGGUAAAUUAAUGGCGACAUAUUCAGGUCUCACUCUUUAUCUUAGAAAGAAAACUGGUCUGUAAGUCUUAACUCUUGCUAGUAUUAAUAAUUGCAAUAAGGAUUGAAAACUGGAAGAGCACAAAUAGACACUAUAAAAGAACUCUAUGGGUGGAGAACGAUUAAAUGAAGGUGUGGCGGUGUGCCGUAUUCUGACCUUGAAUUAAUGCCACCACCU